AUGGUGUUAUCCCAAUCUCUUUCCGUCUCAGCCACAGAGCUGCUCCUGGCUGCUGCCAUCUUCUGCCUGGUAUUCUGGGUGGUCAGAGCCUCAAGGCCUCGGGUCCCCAAAGGCCUAAAGAGUCCACCAGGGCCCUGGGGCUGGCCAUUGAUAGGGCACAUGCUGACCCUGGGGAAGAACCCUCACGUGGCUCUGGCAAAGCUCAGACAGAAGUAUGGGGACGUGCUGCAGAUCCGCAUUGGGACCACACCUGUGGUGGUGCUGAGUGGCCUGGACACCAUCCGGCAGGCCCUAGUGAAGCAGGGUGAUGACUUCAAGGGCCGGCCAGACUUCUACACCUUCACCCUUGUUACUGAUGGCCAGAGCAUAAUCUUCAGCCCAGACUCUGGACCAGUGUGGGCUGUCCGCAAACGCCUGGCCCAGGAUGCCCUGAAGAGUUUCUCCAUAGCCUCAGACCCCACUUCUGUGUCCUCCUGCUACUUGGAGGAGCACGUGAGCAAGGAGGUUGAGUGCCUAAUUGGCAGGUUCCAGAAGCUGAUGGAAGACUCUGGGCACUUUGACCCCUACAACGAGGUGGUUUUGUCAGUGGCCAAAGUCAUUGGUGCCAUGUGCUUUGGGAAGCACUUCCCUCAGAGCAGUGAGGAGAUGCUCCAUAUUGUGAAGAACACCCAUGAAUUUGUGGAGACUGCCUCCUCUAGGAAUCCUGUGGACUUUUUACCCAUUCUUCGCUACCUGCCCAACCCUGCCCUGGAAAGGUUCAAGAACUACAACAAGAGAUUCCUGCAGUUCCUGCAGAAAACAGUCCAGGAGCACUAUCAGGACUUUGACAAGAACAGUGUCCAGGACAUUGUAGGCGCCCUGUUCAAGCACAGCGAGAAGGCCUCUAGAGCCAAUGGUGGUCUCAUCCCCCAGGAGAAAAUUGUCAACCUUGUCAAUGACAUCUUUGGAGCCGGAUUUGACACUGUGACAACAGCCAUCUCCUGGAGCCUUAUGUACCUUGUGACAAAGCCUGAGAUACAGAAGAAGAUCCAGAAGGAGUUAGAUACCGUGAUUGGCACGGAGCGGCAGCCCCGGCUCUCUGACAGACUCCAUUUGCCCUACAUGGAGGCCUUCAUCCUGGAGCUCUUCCGACACACUUCCUUUAUACCCUUCACCAUCCCUCAUAGCACAACGAGGGACACAGCACUAAAUGGCUUCUACAUUCCCAAGGAUUGCUGUGUCUUUAUAAACCAGUGGCAGGUCAACCACGACCCGGAGCUGUGGGAGGAUCCCUUUGAGUUCCAGCCUGAGCGAUUCCUCACUGCCAACAACAGGGCCAUCAACAAGACCGUGAGUGAGAAGAUGAUGCUCUUUGGCCUGGGCAAGCGCAGGUGCAUUGGGGAGAUUCCAGCCAAGUGGGAGAUCUUCCUCUUCCUGGCCUUCCUACUGCAGCAGCUGGAGUUCAGUGUGCCACCAGGCGUGAAGGUGGACCUGACCCCCAUCUACGGGCUAACCAUGAAGCAUGCCCGCUGUGAUCAAAUCCAGGCACGGUUACGCUUCUCCAAGUGA